CAGCAAUGUAACAGCAUCAGUAUGGAUCAGCCGUCAUUUUUUGAUAUCUACUCUAAAGUGUGGUGGAAACCUGCUGUCAUUCAUGUGAGCGUAAUAAAGUUAAUCCGGAUAGGUGCACUGCCUACAGUGAAAUGCACACCAAAGAUGCCUCGUCAGUAUGGGAACUACAGCCGUUGAAACCGCUCGCAGUGCAACGAGCCAUAAGGUGCUUCUGAUGUUUAAUGUCAACGUCGCGAUGGGGCAUUAUCCGACCAAUUUGUUUCUCGUCAAGAGAUUGACGGGGCUGUACGAGGUUUUUGUAUAAAGCAAGAGGAGUUGCUUCGUUGUUCCUCAGCUGAGCUCCUCCCUUCUUUCUUACAAGCCAAUUUGGUAUCGGCACUGGUUGCUUGAUAUCUUUUCGUUUCAUUCGUUUAUUUGCAUCUUCUUUAACGUCUUCGUUUACGACUUUGCUUCACCACUUUACGACUAACACCACACUACCUAACCCUACCCAUCCAUUCAAAAUGCGCUCUUCCGCCGUCAUCGCUCUUGCCAUCCUCUCCGCUUCUGCUCCUGCUUUCUCCGCUCCGCUCGUUGCUCGUGAUACUACCACCGACGAGUCCGGAGCUCUCAACACCGGCUUGAUCAAGGACGUCGUUAGCAUCGGUAACGAUGUCGUCAGUGGCAUCCAAGGUAUCAAGAGCUUGUUCGACCGUGAGGACCUUGAGCUUCUCGCCCGUGCCGUGCCUACCACCGCUGCACCUGCAUCCUCUCUUCCCACAGACGAGAGUGGUGCUUUCAACAUCGGCCACAUCCUUUCGACUGUGGCUGGCAUCGCAUCCAACUUCCUCAAGCGUGAAGACUUUGAGCUCUUUUCUCGUGAAGACCUCGAGCUUCUCGCACGCGCUGACCCCUCUACUCUCCCUACCGAUGAGAGCGGCGCGCUUAACAUUGGCCACAUCUUUUCUACCAUCGCUGGUAUCGCUUCGAACUUCUUGAAGCGUGAGGAUCUCGAACUGCUCGCACGGGCGGCUCCUGCUACGACCGCCGCAUCUCUGCCCACCGAUGAGAGCGGUGCACUCGACAUCGGUAAAAUCUUCUCGACUAUUGCUGGUAUCGCCUCGAACUUCUUGAAACGUGAGGAACUCGAGAUUCUCGCUCGGGAUGUCCCGACGGAUGAGAGUGGUGCCCUAAACACUGGCUUGAUCAAAGAUGUCGUUGAAAUCGGCAAUGGUAUCGUCAACGGCGUACAAGGUAUCAAGAGUUUAUUCGACCGAGAGGAACUUGAGCUCCUCGCCCGUGCAGUUCCUGCUUCUGCUCCCUCUACCACCUCCCUGCCCACCGACGAGAGUGGUGCGCUCGACAUUGGUAAAAUUCUCUCCACUAUCGCCGGCCUUGUAUCCAACUUCUUGAAGCGUGAGGAGCUCGAGAUGAUUGCCCGCGAUACUGCCGCUGUUCCUAUCGAUGAAAGCGGCGCUCUCAAUACUGGCCUCAUCAAGGACUUUGUUGAAAUUGGCAAUGGCAUCGUCAACGGUGUGCAAGGCAUCAAGAGUUUGUUCAACCGAGAGGACCUGGAACUCCUCUCUCGCGCAGCUCCUUCUGCAGCCGCUAUUCCCACCGACGAAAGUGGCGCCCUUAACAUCGGUCACAUCCUCUCGACGAUCGCUGGUAUUGCCUCGAACUUCCUCAAACGUGAAGACCUCGAGUUACUCGCUCGUGAUGCCACGAUCCUUCCCACUGACCAAAGUGGUGCUCUGAACAUUGGUCACAUCUUGUCUACCAUCGCCGGUAUCGCCUCUAACUUCCUCAAGAGAGAUGAUCUCCACAUGUUCGCUCGUGAAGACGUCCUCCAGUUGCGUGAGCUCCAUGACGUCAUCGCUCGUGAUGCUGCGACUGUCGCCGCUUCGCCUGACCAGAGUGGUGCUCUUGACAUUGGCAAGAUCGUUUCGACCAUUGCUGGUUUCUUCUUGAAGCGUGAAGAGAUGCUUCAGGCUCGCGAUAGCACGCUCCGCUCCUCCUUCAGGAUCCCCGUUCGGCGCCCCAGGAGCUUGAACGACCUCGACUAAGAGUGCAUUCCUUUGAAUGUCUGACGAUCUUUUCCUCAUGGGUACUUGGGUGUAUAUCAUUAUUACUUAUUCUGGUGAUGGAUUGUAUAAUACUUGCAAAUACGAAUGAAUCUGGCUUGCGAGGGGGCUCGCUCACCUCAUGAC